CACAGUUCCUAUUCUGCAAUCUACACACGAAAUAUACGCUUGAGGGAUAAUCUUCUGCUCAAUCCGCCACGAGUUCGGAGCGUUAUUCCGGAAUUGCAACUGCGAUCAACCGUUUUCGAGUUGAGGCUUGGAGUGUACGGCCAGCAUACCGAUCAAGGUUUGAAAAUGGAAACGACUUGCGGUUCUCUUUUGUUAGAGCUACAGAAAAUAUGGGAUGAAGUUGGAGAGGCUGAUAAUGAUAGGGACAUAAUGCUUUUUGAACUUGAACAAGAAUGUCUAGAUGCAUAUAGAAGGAAAGUGGAUCAUGCAAACCGUUCAAGAGCUCAGCUGAGACAGACAGUUGCUGAUGCUGAAGCCCAGCUUGCGGACAUUAGCGCUGCAUUGGGAGACCGACCACCUCAUAUAAAGAAGAGUUCUGGGAGCCUGAAGCAAGAGCUUGAGACAAUUAUGCCCCAACUGGAGGAUAUGAGAGAGAAAAGAAAUGAGAGGAAGAGCCAAUUUUCAGAGGUUCUGAAACAAAUUAAUAGCAUCUCUAUAGAGCUUGCUGGCUCAACGGAAACAAGUCUUGUUGAAAUAUCUGUUGAUGAGAGUGAUUUGUCUAUAAAAAAGUUGGAUGACUUACGUACUCAGUUGCUUUUGUUGCAAAAAGAAAAGGAUGAACGCAGAGAACAGCUGCUUCAUCUAUUGAAUAUUGCUAAUGCUCUAUGCGCGGUGCUUGGGAUGGACUUCAAAUCGACAAUUUGCAGUGUUCAUCCGUCUCUGGACAACACAUGUGAAAAGAAAAGCAUAAGUGCAGAUACGAUACAGGGUUUAUCUACUGUCAUAUCUAGGCUUAAGAAUGUUAAGUUGCAGCGCAUGCAAAGGCUUCAAGAUCUUGCAAUGACCAUGGUAGAACUCUGGACUAUGAUGGAUACACCAGUUGAGGAGCAACAAAUGUUCCAGAAUGUAACACUUACCAUCGCAGCUGCAGAAAAUGAAUUAACUGAGCCCAACAGCCUGUCUUUAGAGAUAAUCAAUGAUGCUGAGGCAGAAGUUUUGAGGCUGCAAGAAAUGAAAACAAGUAAAAUUAAAGAAGUACUUAUGAAAAAGAGAUUGAUUUUGGAGGAAAUAUGUCUGAAAUCACACAUGGUUGUUGAAGAACAAUCUAUAAAAGAUCUCUCUAUAGAAUCUAUCGAGUCAGGGGCUAUCAGUGCAUCCUAUCUACUUGAAGAAUUAGAGGCACAAAUUUCCAAGGUUAAAGAGGAAGCUUUCAGUAGAAAAGAGAUUCUUGAAAAGGUCCAGAAAUGGUUGCUUGCAUGCGAAGAAGAAUGCUGGCUAGAAGAAUACAACAGGGAUGACAAUCGUUACAAUGCUGGGCGAGGUGCACAUCUUAUGCUUAAACGUGCUGAGAAGGCUCGUGUGCUUGUAAAUAAAAUUCCAGGAAUGGUAGACACUCUGAAGUCAAAGUUAAAAGCUUGGGAGAAAGAAAGAAACACAGAGUUCCUGUACGAUGGUGUUGGUCUAAUUUCCAUGAUUGAUCAGUACACCGAAAUAAAGCUCUUGAAAGAACAAGAGCGUCAAAUUCAGAAGAAGAAGCUGCAGGGACAGUUGAUGGCUGAGCAAGAAGCAAUCUAUGGUUCAAAGCCUAGUCCAUCCAAGAGCGGUGCCAAGAGUUUAAGACCUUCAACUGGAGGUCCAGCUAGUAAGAGGUUUUCAUUAGGAGGAGCCGCGCUCCAAACUGCACUUGAUAAAGCUACUCCCUCUUCGCGUAGCCUUCACAAGAAAAAUCCUGUGAAACGCCAGACUUUGAACAACAACCAUCACCAUGCUGGCCUUGCAGCUCUCUCUUCUGGCAAGAAAAACACGCACAAUGGCGCGGUUAAACAGCAUUCGAGCAAUGCAUCAAUCUCACAUCAGAGUGGAUCAGCAAGAUUGAGGAAGGCCCUCUCCCCCCUCUCUUCAUUAUGCUCCAAUGUCAUUCUUCAGCAGGAGGACCAGAACACGAAGAACGCGGUGCUUCAAGAUGCUGAGCUUGGUGGUUACAAAACUCCAGCUGCAGCAACGCCAACGAAGAGGUAUUAUUCUGCAAAUGAUGAGAACAGAACACCAAAGGCAAUGCCAAUCCCAGUGCCAGCCACUCCUCAAACAGCGUCGAGUGCUAUGCGAACCGCUAAAACCCCUUUCACGCCUGGUGUUCGUGCAACUGAACAAAUCGAGUACUCGUUCGAGGAGAGAAGAGCCGGCUUUGCGGUUGCUAGAACACUCUCCAUGGUUGAUGUUUGAAGCCUAGUUGGUUUGCUUAGGUCUGAUUUGGAUAAACAUAGUUUGUGCAGUCUCAUCUUAUUCAACAUAGACUAUUCGUCUAUUGCUUUCCACUACUAUUCAUGCAUGUAUAUUAACUUUCUUUUAUAUAUCAUUUGGUGUUUUGGUUGACACUCA